ACCGAAAAGCCCCUGCAAGUUUUUAAUCUUAUUAAAAGGACCCUUGUAGAGGAGACGAGAGAGGGAGCGAGAUACGAGAGAGAUCUACUUCUUCGUAAUUCUCCCCUCUCCUCCAAUGGACGGCGGCGUUAACGGUUCCACUACCACUACCGCCACGGUGGUCGAUGAAACCGUUGAUGAUUUUCCACCGUCUCCUCCGCAUGGUCCUGAUUUCUCUCCAGUCGGAUCACCCGAGUCUGAUGAUGUUCCGCUUCCACCGUCUGAUGAUGAUCCUGAUCACCUUCCCGCUGAAGAUCAACCGAAAGAUCUCGAACUCUCAUCUGCUACACCUGCUCUCACUGAUGACCUGAAACUUAAGAUUAUGAAGCAGGUGGAAUAUUAUUUUAGUGAUGAAAAUUUGCUUACUGACAAGUAUAUGAUGAAUUUAAUUAAGAAGAAGAAAGAAGGGUUUGUUCCUAUCUCGGUUAUUGCUUCUUUUAGGAAAAUGAAGAAGCUGACCCGAGACAACAAAUCAAUAGUGGCUGCACUCAGGGAAUCGUCCUUGCUUGUUGUGAGUUCAAAUGGAAAGAAAGUGAAACGCCUUAAUCCUCUUCCAGUUGCUGCCGAAGUCAAGGAUUCAAAGUUAUUCACUGUAUUGGUAGAAAAUCUGCCAGAGGAUCACUCAGUGGAGAACAUCCGGAGAAUAUUUGCUCAAGCCGGAAAUAUAAGAAAGAUACGCAUCUGUGAUCCACAUACUCCAGAAGAGUCAAAAAAAGGCGGCAAGGCUGAGUUUAUGAUCAGUAAUAAGUUACAUGCAUUGGUGGAGUAUGAGACCGUGGAGGCUGCUGAGAGAGCAGUGGUAACAUUAAAUAAUGAACAAGACUGGAGAAAUGGCAUGCGGGUUAAGCUGCUUAAGCGAGUGGCCAAGUAUGGCCAGAGAAAGCAGGGCUGGAGGGUUGAUUCUGAAAGAAGUAACACUGGGCGAGCAUCUGAACCUUCGGCUGAUGAAGAGAACAAUAACUUAAGCGAGAAUCAGGAUGAUACCCAUGAUGAAGAGGAUGGGGACCAUUUACCCAAGGAGAAAAAUGGGAAGAAAGGUAGAAAUCAUGGACAAACAAGGAAACAAAGAUAUCGAAGAAGCAAUGGGCUGGGCCAUGGUACAAUUUCCUCUAGCUAUGAAGCUGCUAAGCCACCUCCUGGCCCAAGAAUGCCUGAUGGAACCAGAGGGUUCACCAUGGGACGAGGUCGACCUCCCAUUUCUAUCUAAAAUUAGCAAGUGAUUUGAUCUCUACAUCUGCUGUAAAAUGCUUGUGCUAUAUUUGUGAUAUAGAUGUGGAAGAUGGAUGUGGAUGUUUGAAUGAAGUGCUUGCAAUGACUGAAGGUUGUGUGUGUAUCAACACAUAGGUGUUCUUAAGGUUGUUGUAAUUCCUCCGGUCCAGUCCAGUGUUUUCUGCUUUUUGAGUUUUAUGCUGCUUUUGAGUUUACGAAUGUAGCAGGCAGCAUUACGUGUAAAACGGGCACCUAUUUAUUCGGAAUGUGCUCUUCUCUGUGAAAAAAUGUUUUUGCAAAUAUUAUCAGAGAUGAACUUACUGGAA